AUGGAAGCGCUCAACACCAACGUCGACCUGGCAAGCCUUGAAGGCAGGUCUGUACUCAUUACGGGCGGUGCAUCGGGCAUCGGCCUAGCAACCGCCAAAGCCUGGGCCUCCGCCGGCGCCUACAUAACCCUCGCCGACAUCCAACCCCUCGAAAAAGGCCAAAAACUCGCCUCCGACCUCUCCCACAACGGCCAACACGUCAACUACGCCUUCUGCGACGUCACGUCCUGGGAGUCUCAACUCGAAGCUUUCCGCUCCGCAGUGCGAUUCUCCCCCCGCCAAACGCUGGACAUCGUGGCCACAUUCGCGGGCACCGCCUUCGCCCCGGGGAAUGAGGUGGAGCAUGUCUUGUUUGCUGGUGAACCGAGUCUUGACGCGGAUUUGAAGUCGCCGAAUACCAAGAACAUCGACGUGAAUUUGACGGGCGUGUAUUACUCCUCCUUCCUGGCUUUAUACCUCUUCCGCCUCCCCGCCUCCGACGCCUCCCCACCGGGCGACAAGAGUCUCAUCUUCGUCUCCUCGAUUGGCGGGUACAUGGACUCGCCCAAAGCGUCCACUUACCCGGCGAGUAAAUUCGGCGUCCGGGGGCUGUUUAGAAGCACGCGCGCCAGGACGCUGGAGUUGGGGGUUAGGUGUAAUUUGCUGGCGCCGUGGUUUGUGGAUACGCCGUUGAUUGCGCCGGUCAAGAGUGCGAUGGCGAAGAGGGGGGUGGAGAUGGGGAGGGUGUUGGCGUUUGCGACGAUGGAGGAUUGUGUGAGUGCGGCGAGCUUUUGUGCGGUGGAUGGGGGGUUGCAUGGUGAGGGGUUUGUUGGGGAGGGUGUAGGAUUGUGCUGA